UUAUUCAAUAUAGCUAUUUCUUCAUUUGUCUAAUUCAAGAAAGAGCUCCUCUGUAUUCUAGAUGAUGUUUUAACAUAUACACCGUGUGGUCUAAGGAAAUAAGAAGUUGUUCUGCUUAUAAUUGUUAUCUUGGCAAGUUUCAUUGUGCACCUUAUUUAGUCCAUAGUCCCAUAUUUAUGUUUCGUGUGGAGACUGAAGUGAGGUGGAGAUUUUGUGCAUUCAACAAUCUGUUUCUUGUUCCAACAGGAAAAGGUCAGCCAUUGCCAAAGUUUGGUGAAUGGGAUGUGAAUGACCCAGCUUCAGCGGAGGGGUUUACUGUCAUCUUUAACAAGGCAAGGGAUGAAAAAAAGACGGGUGGUAAGCCCGAAUCUCCGGCAAAGGCCAACCCUCAAGUCAAACACUCUGUUGAUCCGAGCAAACCUCCAACGAAGAAAUGGUUUUGCUGCAUUCAGAGCCCAGCAGAAUCUUGACUAGGUUCUCUGGUGAGGAGCUUCCAAAAGAGACGCGCGUUGUUAGGCUAAAGCAGCCCCAGAAUGUUCACUUGAAGAAGAUACAAACAGUUUAGAGCCAUUGUUAUUCUUGCAGGAAUAGCUCCUCGUGGUGUAAAUGUGGGGUUUGUGGAGAUGAGUAAAAUAAUGACGCGUCAUGCUUACUAUAAUUUAUCAGCAGUAUGCUUCUCUCUGUCUCUGCCUAUCUCUCUCUCUCUCUCUCUCUUCCUCUGCUUAGUUCUAUUGUUAAUUUAUUAAUUGUCUGCUUUCUGUAUUUGUGAAUUGGAUCUGUCUGUGAAA